CAGAGUUCCUUUGGGUGUGUUACUGUACUUUAUAUAUUCAGGAAAAGUCAACAUUCUAGAGUAGAACCUAAUGCUAAUCUGUCAUUAGGCUGGAUACAUGCACGCAGUACAAAAUGAUCCGAUUAAUAAACCGGUAUCUUAAAACAAUUUUAAAGUUGAUAAUUGCAAUUGGAAUGGGAUGUGUUUGUCUGUACAUAGGGUAUCAUGAACCUAGAAAAUCCAUACAACUUUAUAGCUUAAAUAUCACACAGAACAGUACCUUACUCAACAGAGAUGGACCUACAAGUUCAGCAAAACCAUAUUGGAAUAAAACUCCUACUUCAACUUUGGCAAAUAACAAAGAAAGUAGAAAAACCAGAGAGAAUACCAACAUUUUUCUCGAGAAAAAUGCAUCUUUAAUACAACCAAUCAACAAUCAGGAUGCUAAUCCUAAACAUUCCGAUAGGAAUAGUACUGACGAAAAAUUUGGAGAUAAAUGGACGUUAGCUGGUAAAGUCUGGGAAUCGGCUGAUUUCAAGAUGAAGUAUACUUUUAACAACAUUGCAUCUGAUUUGAUGAAAGAUCUCUUGAAUUUUGACUAUACUGGUUUAAACAAUUUUUAUCCAAUACACUGUGAUUUUAUAGACACCAUGACAAAUUCAAAGCAACGGAUCGCAAGUUCAACCAAUAAAAAAGUGUAUAUCGUAAAAUAUACUGGUGAAACUAUACGUCAUAUUAAUUUCUUUGGGGAUAUAUCUCACAACAGCAGAUUUGACUUAAAAAGCUUAAUGUUAGAGGAUAUUCUCAUCGUUUUAUGCAUAGACAACGCCAAAAAAUAUUAGGGUUAAAAGAAAUUCUGUUAUAUGCACGACUGAAAUCAAAAGAUUUAGCAAAGUUAUAUGGAUUCUGUGUAAAAACAAAGUCUGGUAGCUUUAAAAGUCUUGAAACUAUUAGAAGGCUCUUAUAUAACCUUAUCAUGAAUCCAAACUCAAAUGAUGUGAUCCAAAUAUACACAGUGAGUGAAUAUUUAAGAUAUGACUUAGAAUAUUUUAUUGAAAAGAAGGCAAAUAAGCAUAGUGGACCAACGCUAUUUUUCAAAAUGGUGGACAUUUAUAAUGGAUUACUUCAUUCAACACUUGGGAUAAUCAAAAACCAAGAUCCCAAAUUAAG